AUGGGGAAGGUUCAGAAGAAGGCGAACGACAAACACAAGCUGUCCUUGUCGCCAGCGUUGGCAGAGUUCAUCGAGAAAACCACUACUCUACCGCUCGUGCAGUUGCCAAAGCAUCUUGCGUCCUUUCCAGCACAAUGGCCGUUUCCUCGUGGCGAUCUCUACAACUGGAUCGAGGCACUAGACCGGUUUGAUGAAGUAUUGCGCAAGAUCAAUGAGGUAUAUGGUUUAAGUGCUGGUCCUCAGGCUAAGCCUUUUGAUAAUACUGUGCUCGUCGAAGGAUCCUCCAAUCCUGAUGUCGUUGAGCUCGAGGAGCUUGGUCUGGCCGAAGAUGGUGACCAGGUAUUGCUUCAGGCUAUCUUGGCCUUCUCCAGACUUUUACUAGAAAAAUGCGGCAACCGUACCUUGUACAAUAGCACCGAUAGACUGAACGACCUACUGAACACCACUUCUCUGACCACUCUACACGAGACCCUUCGCCUCACACUUGUCCUUGCUCAGCGCUUCGCCGAUCGCGGCCCUCAGUCACCGAGCCACACAUCGUUCUAUCACUUUGACCUGGACAAACUUCAAAAGCUUGCGACCCCUGUCCCUCGAGUGCCUGCAAGAAGAGGUCCGCUGUCACCCGUUAAAACUCCCAAGUCGAAAGAGAAAACUGCACAAGCCAAGCUACGCCGCACUCCAACUACAGCCGACCCGAACGAUUUUCGCGCCUUGGCUCGACCAAGUUCUGCAAAUACUGCCCACGCACAAUCACCAUCCGACGACAGCACUGAAGGAGGCGAUUGGGCGUCCGUAGCUGCAUUAAGAAUUGUCUGGUCGCCUCCAACGGUUUCGACCUCCAGCACGCGUCCAGCAGCCUUCCGUACCACCACCUCAGACUCACCUUCAACCCCAUCACCUCUGCGACGGCACGAGGCUGUUGGCACUGCUGGACCACCGAAAGACAAUGGUCCGACUCGAGCUAUUCCGUCUGAUCAGUCUGAUCUGCGACAGAUCGACCUUGAAGCUUCUGAUCUGAUGAACACUACGGCUGAAGCACUUCUCCAAAAGGAAUCGGAGACAAUGCCAACAACCACCCGCUACGAGUUUCUACACAAGCUCAGAGUGGCUUAUGGAAUGCUAGGCUCAGGCGAGACAAGAAAUCUGCUUCUAUGCAUCCGGCUUGCAGCUCUAGGCGUGGUCAGCCAAGUCUAUUCGGAGGAAGAAUUUACCUCAAAGUAUUUCGAUGGCGACUCAAAUGUGGCUUUACGUCAGCAACUUGUCCAACAACUGGUCGAGUUGCUUCGCGAUCCCAAGAAAGGUUCUGGUCCUUCUCUCUACGUACAAAGUCUAGCUAUGGAGACUUUGGCAAUCUUGUCCAGAUAUCGACAAACCUCAACCGAAAUAAUGUCUUCGCUGGCUCCCAACUCAAGCCAUGGCCUCCUACUCUCGCUCGUGCAGAAAGGUCUUGCAAACAUAGCCAUUGAUGAUGAAGCACUCGGUGACAGUGCAGGCGAUGAAUGGCGACAUGCUGUCUUCAUGCUUUGGGCGAUCUUCGUGACUCAGACUGGCCCACACAACACUCGAUCUACGGAGCAGUUCGUCCACAAGAAUCUCAUUGUAGCUUAUGCGUCAGGUCUGCACAUCACCACCUCAAGAGCUCUUCGAAUUCACGCGUCGAUUCUCAAAUUCCUUGAACAUAUAUUCCAUCACUUCAAGGAUGGUCUCCAAGUGUUAAACUCGUAUGGCGUCUUCACCAUCGCCUGUGAUACCACAGAAAAGCUCAGUAAAGAGGCUCUAGAACUUUACGAGAACGGUGAAGGCAUCUCAGAACAAUGGAAGACCCCAGGUGUGGAUUACAAAAUACCUUACCAGCAACAAUACGUCUUGCGCGAAUUGAUCAUGUUGGUAAAGGACAUUUCCAAGCACCAAGGCAAUCAUGCAGACCGUGCACUCCGUGGCUUCGUGGAUUCAGCGAGCUUGUUGAAUGCCUUCCGCCUAAUUUUGUCUCACAUGGCAGAGUUCGGCUCUCAUACCUGGAGCGAAGUUGUGACGGCGAUAUGCAGCUUUCUCAACAAUGAGCCGACAAGCUAUACAAUUGUCUCAGAGGCUGGCAUCAUCUCAACCUUACUUUCCACAGUUCAACCCCAACAGUCCAUGCAGGAGGAAAGUACAGAAAGUGCCCCUCGUACCAUUUCCACUGUUCCCUCCGAGCCCAAUUUGGGACUCCCUCCAAUCGCAGAUGCUAUUCUGAAUCUAGCCACUUCUUUUGGUGCAAUCUGCUUGACUGAGACAGGACAUCGCCAAUUCGUUGCUUCGAAUGUACUGGGAAAGUUCUUCGAACUUUUCGAGAGUCCGGCGCACGUCAAAGCGAUUAGAGAUAGCAACGUACUCGUCCAGCUUGGUUCCACCUUCGAUGAGCUUGUUCGACAUCAUCCUGCGCUCAAAGAUCUAGUCGUCAGUUCGGUCGUGACAAUGCUUGCGCGAGUACGAUACAUCUGCAAGACGAAAUUCAGACUCAUCGGUGCAGGACCCAAGAUCUGGGUUCAGGACGAUUCUGGCAUAGUAGUUGAUGGGGGCGUGCAAGCACUGAUGGCAGACGACAUGCCUCCCGACGAAAAUUCUGCUUCACAGUUUGCGCCACUUCUUUUGCCCACUAAAGAUACCUUGGACUUUGCGCUACCUCGCCAGACACCAAAAUCGGAUUUGGCGCGGAUCGCCAACGAUGAAGACGCUGACGGAUUGACUGCAUUGGAUUUUGCUCGACCUGUCAUCAGCUUCCUUGCAGCAUUUUUCGACACGAACUUUCUGUGCAAAGAAACAUUGAAUGCUGGUGCCACAGAUCUGAUCUUAGACUUUGUUACCCUCUCGACCCUUCCAGUAAAGGAGGAUGCUUUCUCCGAUGGUUUACUGAUACAGGAUCUGACAACCCUCGUUCGUCAAAUAGCUGAUGAGAAGUCUCACCUAGUUCUGCCACUCCUAGCAGAUCGCGCCAGACACAUAUGCAUGGACGCAUUGACUGACUUCAUCGACUACUGUCCAAGUGACAUGCAAUGCUACUUUGGACAACAUCUGGAAAUCUCGGUACCAAAUUCGGGCAUGGAUGUUGACAUCGCAGUGCCACCAGUAACACAGAAAGUCAAUGGCACAACGCUUGUUCGAGGCUUGAUGAGCAUCUACUGUAUAUCACGUGUGAUUGGCGAGGUGUUCACUCCCCCAUCUUAUGCCACACGGGCACACCACAACAGUGUCUUGACUCAAAUCAAUGUCGCAGACAUUUUAUCAGAGGUUAUCCUUCUUUUUGGAAAAUUGUCAGCUGCUUGCUGUAGGGAAGAGAUCUCUCUUCUAGCACUGAUGCCGAAAACCUGGCUAGAUGCUACGAAACCCGGCAAUUAUUCCACGGGCGACCACGAUGUUGAUACCAUUCUUGACGUGUCAAAUUCACGGCAAGCCGAGCAGGAUGGCUCGACAAAGCCCAGCCUUCCAGACAAUCUCAAGGAUGUUGAGGAAACAGCUGCCUUUCAAAAUCUCAAAACUUUGCGAUAUCUCCUGACAGAGACGCCAGCAGCGAUCUCGACGAUGUUCUCACGUAUUGGCUCAAGCUGCAGCGGACGUAAGAAGCCCGAGACCAUAAUCAAGCAAAAAUUGUACGCAGUUGGUGAGGCCAUAGCACAGGCGCUGACUUGUCAGUUGAAGCCCCCGUUCAUGUCUCAUUUCUCCCGAGGGAGCGAUGACGACCGAAUCAAAGAUUGGCGAUUUAAGUACUUUACAGUCGUCUUAUCCAGACUUCGCGACAGCUUGUGGGAGGACAAUAACAAUGUACCUCCCAAUUCUAUUACUCAGUCAUUCAUUGUGGAUUGCUUUAGACGAGCAGAAGGACUCAGGAACUUGGAUGCCAUAGGCACAGCUUUUUAUGAAGAGCUCAAGUUGUGCCAGGUAGACAAGGCUGUUGUGUUCGCUGCGAAUGCUGGCCUCAAAAUCUGCUUGGAGCUCCUCGAAGAUCUGACACGCCAUGACCUUAUUCAAUCGACUCAGACCGGGUAUAUGAAGAACACUGAUCGCGAGCGCCCUUUCUACUUCAAUCCUAACCAACUUUUGCUGGAAUUGCGUAUGGAGUCGAUGCCACUAACCCGUCGAAUCUGGGAUAGUGAGUAUGCUGAGCAAGCUUCACCUGAUGUCAUUCGUCGACUAGCUGCCAUUCUGAAGCAUACCCUUCAAGGAGACAACGAAGAGAAUGUCGUUAUCAGAGCUGAAGACUUUCCUACACCAAAGCCUCAUGAAAAGCGCAAGUAUGAUCUGGAUAAGACCAAGAUCAAUAUCCUUCGUGAAAAAGGUUUCGCUCAAGAUGUCGCAGAAGAAGCAUUGUAUCGCUGUAAUGUAGCGCAUGCACCACAAAUGCUGAAUGCUGAGGAAUAUUGCAAAGCCUUGAACGACAACCCUGGUCGACGACGACUGCCAAUUCCGGCCAACGAAGUUAAGCACAAAGGUUCGGCCCACGAAACUCCUGUUUCGCGGGUCACCAGUCCGCCUACCACUAUGGACAUUAUCAGCGGGCCUACCACUACUGUUCUUGAAGACAGCAGCCAGGAUGAAGACCUUGUAGACGUGUCCGACAUGAAUCUCAGCAAUGGCAUCUCCAACACUGCAAUCAAUCCGCCUGUGGACGGCUCUAGUCGCUCAAAUGCACGAAGCAUGGGCACAACCUCGUCAGCCAUGGAUCUCAGUGUCAUGCUAAAUCAACCUCGGCCUGCUGGGGUUACUGCACCACGCUUUUCAAAGCAAACUAUUGACGCUGAGCGAGAAUCGAUUCGUGAACAGCUUGCAGAACGCUGUAAUAACAUCCUCAGCAGUCAUCCGAAUCUCAUUUUCGAACUCAACGACCUUCUCGUGGCUGGCGCGGCUAAACUGCACGAAGAGGCUGCAAGAAGCUGGUGGGAGACGGUUACAGAUCUGCUAAUGUCUUCUUUACUGUCUCAGAACAUUGAUGGAGACGUCGACGACAAUCAUGGCAAGAAAAUUGCUGCGACAGCUCAUCUUAUUGGCCUCUUCAGCAACAACGACAACUUCAAAUCAAGCACCCUAAAAGUUAUGCAGGACUCAAUAGACGGUCUCGUGGAGUUCCUGCGAAUAUCUGGGCAAAGUGCUGGUGAUAGCAAGUCAUAUCCUUGGAUUGGACCCAUAUUGCUGAUCGUCGAGAGGAUGCUUGCAGUGGACGCAAGUCCUGAUGAGAUCACUUGGACACCGCCUAACGACGUAGACUCUUACAACGAGCCGAAGCUCACACAUAUCACUGUUGUUGAUACUUCUUCGAAGGAGUUCAUCUUCAACCAGCUCAUGGAAGAAGUUUUGCCCAAGGUUGGUAAGGAUAGUUCAAUGGCCUUUGCUGUUGUCCGUGUACUGGUGAUUUUGACGCGGGAUCGCAAGUUAGCACAGUUGCAGGGCCAGAGACGCAAUCUACAGAAGCUGUUUCUCAUGGUCAAGCAGUUGAGUGGUAGAUGGAUUAUGCGUCUUCAAGGUGCUUUGAUGACGGUCUUGCGUCAUGUCAUUGAGGAUGACGGCACUAUUAAGCAGAUAAUGGGCACCGAAAUAACUUCCUAUUUCAAGAACAGAUCGACUGGGAGGCAACCAGAUCUUUCGAACUACUUGCGCGAUCUGGCCCAUUUAGCAUUACGAUCUCCCACUCUGUUCGUGGAGGUUACUAACGAGAAAGUAAAACUUCUCUCUUGGACUAGUGGUCAACCUGGCGCCAGCUCUACUCUGGGACUUCGCGAUGAAAAGGCUGAGGACAAACCCUCGACAGAGUUGGCUGCUGGAGCGGAAGCUAACACUGCAGAGGAUCCAACUGUGAGCAUUGAAACGAAUGCGCCAGCGGCUACAGAUGAUGACAAGCUGCAGGAUUUCAGAAUUCCGGUCGUUGAACACCCUGAUGGUGUAGUCCAUUUCAUCCUGACCGAAUUACUGGCCUACAAGGAUGUCGAUGAUCAGGAGUCGUCUCCUCAAGGCACGAAAGAUACUGAUACCAGCAGUGCGCUCAACGUCGAGGCAAAGGACGGUCAGAGUGCUUCCGGUGCUCCAAAAACGACUACUGAUAAGUCAGAAAAACCGCGCUUCAAGGCGGACGAGCAUCCCAUCUUCAUGUACCGAUGCUACUUACUACACUGCCUGACUGAGCUUCUCUAUUCUUACAACCAGACCAAGGUGGAAUUUAUCAGCUUCUCUAGAAGAGCCGAUCCUCUUGCCGCAACACCAUCGAAAGCUCGAUCGGGAGUUCUGAAUUAUUUGCUCACUUCACUGGUAUCGUCCGGUUAUGUUGACAAGGACGAAUCCAUAGCCUGCCGAAAGCGAUUGGUAACAUCUGAAUGGGCUAUGAGAGUCAUAGUCGGUCUUUGUGCCAAGACUGGCGAGAAGGGAUCGGGAUCGGCUGGCGGGUCACGCUAUCCCACACAGCCACGUCAGAUCGACGACAGUGGCACGGAAGCAGAUUUGGCUUAUGUCCGUCGAUUUGUGCUCGACCAUGCUCUCAAGACUUUUAGAGACACUACCUCAGCUUCAGACUCGACACAGGCUCGCUAUGGACGAUUGUUGUGUCUUGGCGAGCUGUUCAACAAGCUUAUCACUAAACCAUCAGGUCAAGACGGCUCAGUUCUGUCUAACAACACUUCGUACAAGCGCAUUGCACGCAUGAUGCUCGAGAAGAACUUCAUUGCUAUCCUGACGUCUGCUGUCAGCGAUAUCGAUCUCUCAUUUCCUAAUGCGAAGAAGGUCAUCAAGUUCAUUCUACGCCCAUUGAAGGAGUUGACAGCCACAGCCAUGGACAUCAAUCUCAAUCAUCCUGAUGAAUUUCCCAGAAUCAUCGAUCAGACCACGACCGACGUCCUCUCCGAAGCUUCUUCAGAGGUCUCAGAUGUCGAUGAUGACCGCGAGGAAACACCCGACCUAUACCGAAACUCUGCUCUGGGUAUGUUAGACCCUGCGCGUCAAGACGAGUCAGACAGCGACAACGAAGAAGAAGAUGGCGAGGAAAUGGAUUACGACGACUACGACGCCGAAAUGGAUUAUGACGAAAUGGCGCCACCUAAUGAUGGUGAGGUCAUUAGCGACGAGGAGCUCGAAGAAACACUAGAUGGUCCCGGUAAUAUGGAAGGUCUCCCAGGCGAUGUCCCUAUGGAUAUUGAGUUCGUCGUUGAUCGUCAUCGUCACCAUCACCAUCAUCGUCACAAUCCGGAUGACGAUGAGUCAGAAAGCUCUUCAGAUGACGAGGCUGAGAGCGACGGAGAAGACGAUGCCGAAGACAUUGAGAUCGAGAUGGAAGAUGAUGAGAUCGAGCAUGAAGACUCCGAAGGCAUCGAGAAUGAAGGUGGCGAAGAUGAUUGGGAAGAUGAAGAGGAGGGCCAAGAGGAUGAGGAAGACGAGGACCACGACGAUGGUCAUUUCGACGAAGAUGAACUACCCAUCAUCGGAGCUGGUGGUCGCAAUCCUGCCGCCCACCUCACCGAUCUACUCAGAGAACUCAACGAUGCUGAUUUGGACGACUCUGAUUUGAUUCGUGACACCAACGUCAUUCUGCAAACCAACGAUCCUGACGACGACGACAACGAUGAAGAGGAUGACCCAGACGAAGAUGGUGAUGAAGUGGACGACAACGGGGGCAUGGAAUACGAUCAGCCUUUCGAUAUGAUGCUUGACGGCCCUGAUUAUGACGAGAACGACGAGUGGGGAUGGGAAGAACCUCCUCCGCCAGUCUUUCGACGAGCCAGGCACAAUCGAGCAGGCGGUCUUCCGUCUUUUCUCAGUCGCGGAGUGAUCAAUAUGAGCGACCAUGCCAUGGAACACCACUUGUUGGGCAGUAGACAUCAUCGCCAUGCACCUUCGAGUCGCAACGUUGCCGAGGAUGGAACAAAUCCCUUGCUACAGCGUCCAGACGUUUUAGGGGGUGACUACGAUUCUCAACCUCCUUCAAGUCGAGCCUUCACUUUCGGCAUGCAAGGUCGUGGUGGUGGGGCCGAAGUACCACAGUUCAUGGUGGCCGGUACUGAGGGAGCCCCAGCCAUUGUUACUAUGGGUGGCAACAUGGGCCUCGGUGGCCUCGGUGGCCAUGGUGCAAUCCUCGAUGCUAUUAUGGGCGCGAUUCAGCGAGGCGAUCAAGACUUCUUGCAGAACGGUCGCAUUCAGUUCAAUCUAAAUCCGCCAAGUCUUCGAGAACUAAUGCGACCACCACCAAUGCCGUCGGCCUUCCUGAACAGACAACCAAGAGAAGACCCACAGCGUAGUGCGCAGUUCAUUCCGAUGUCCACUAUCACUAGAUGGCAGCAAGAAAUACAGCUGGUCUUUGGCAAAAAUGCGGUUACUACUAUUCAGCCAAUCCAAACGCACAUAUUCGCUGUUCUGGUGCCUCUCGCUCAACAAGAGGAGAAAGAGAGAAGACGAAAGGCCGAGGAGGAACGCCAAGCAGAAGCUGAACGCGAAGUCCAGCGCAAGGCUGAGGAGGAGCGUAUAAGGAAAGAAGAUGAAGUUCGUCUGGCUAGAGAGAAAGCUGAGGCCGAGGAGAAAGAGCGUGCCGAAGCUGAAGCCCGUGCCACAGAGAACGUGGACAAUGAACAAGGCGAUGAUGUUAUGGAGGAUGUUCAGGCCGAAGAGCCUUCCAACCAAGCAGCACAGGUGCCAGAUCAGCCUACUCGAAGGUACACUACAAUUCGUGGGCGCCAACUCGACAUCACAGGUCUUGACAUUGACGUUGAAUACCUGGAGGCUUUGCCGGAGGAUCUACGAGAAGAAGUCAUUACGGCACAAUAUCAAGUAAGACGUGAGCAGGCACAUGAACAAGGAAACGACGACAGCGCUAUUGAUCAGGAAUUCCUUGAUGCCCUACCAGAAGACAUUCGCGAAGAGAUUCGUGCACAAGAAGUUGCGACUCAGCGGCGUCGUGAACGCGAAAGACUGAGACGUGAAGCGCAGGCUGUGGUUGGCGGUAUUCAGCCAGGAGACAUGGAACCGGACGAUUUUCUAGCAACCCUGGAACCAGCUCUGCGGCGUGCUAUCCUCGCAGAGCAACCACCUGAGAUACUGAAUGCUCUGAAUCCACAACAUGCGGCCGAAGGACGUGCUCAUGCGCGAAGCAUGUUCUACCAAAGAAUGCCGAUGAACCACGAGCUUGAAACUGCAAGAGCUCGACGUGAGCAGGAUCAACGUGACAGCAAGCGACAGCAGAUUGUGCAACUCGUCGACAAAGCUGGGGUUGCAACCCUGCUUCGCUUAAUGUUCAUCCAGCAGCAAGGUUCCUUGAAAUCAAAUCUGCUACAUAUCCUAAGUCAGGUCUGUGGCAAUCGACAGACCAGAUAUGAGGUUAUAAGCUUACUCCUAGUUAUUCUGAAGGAAGGUUCAACGGAUGUGACAGCCAUUGAGAAGAGCUUAGCUAGCUUGUCUCUUCGGGCCAGAGCCAGCGGAUCGCAAAAGACGCCACAGCCUCUGAAGCGAACCUUGUCGUCACAGCCAUAUUCAAGUCUGAGUGAAGAUGUUACCCCAAUCAUGGUGGUACAACAAUGCCUUCACGUUUUGAGCUACAUAUGUCGACAAAACCCCCAUGUCAAAAGUCUUUUCCUGAGAGAAGUUGACGUGACCUCGACGAGUAAGGGCAAGAACAAAACAAAGGGCAAAUUAAAGGAAGUCAAGAAUACUACUCAUCCAGUGAAUGAUCUAAUCAGUCUGCUCGACCGUCAACUCAUCAUGGACAACUCUAGUUGCUUGCAUUAUCUAGCAGCGUUACUCGCUGUGAUCACAUCUCCUCUUGCCAGCCUCAUGAAACAAGAGAAGGAGAGACAACAAGCGGAGAAAGUGCAGAAAGAAGAGUUGUCGAAGAACGAGACCUCAGGUAAUGAAGACAAAACAGCAGAAGCUAAGGGUGAUGUUGCAAUGGAGGAUGCGCCUCAAGCUACGGAGUCGCUCCCAGAAGCAUCGAACAAAGACAAGAGCGAAGUGUCCGAUCAAAGCAAAGCGCUUGAGCAGGAAAAGAAGAGACCUUUUGAGCCGCCAAACGUCACCGAGCACAACCUCAAGCUCAUCACAAACAUCUUCGUUGCACCUGAGUGCGGCAAUGACACAUUCCGUUGUACGCUGGAAACCCUGCAAAGCUUGGCACAUAUCCCUGGCACCAGUGAGAAGUUCGGAAAGGAGCUGACAGGUCAUGUGCAUUCACUGUCAGAAGCUAUCUGUGGAGAACUUGAUGAAUUACUGCCUGCUAUCGAAGAUGCACAAUCCAGUAUGGAUGUUCAGGGCGCGGCUGCGGCGAAGUUCUCGGCAAGCACUUCGGAUCAAGUGAAGCUGCUGAGAGUUCUGCAAGCACUGGAUUACCUCUCUGCACCUAAGAAAGAGGACGACACUGCUUCCGAUCAACCAUCAAAGAGUGUAUUGACACUGUCGUAUGAACAUCUUGGUCUUAGUCCAUUGUGGAGCAAGUUAAGCGAGUGCCUUACAGCUGUGGAGGAGAAAGGCGAUACGAUCAGCUUCGCUAAUAUCUUACUGCCACUGAUCGAGUCGCUCAUGGUUGUCUGCAAGCAUACCACGCUCAAGGAUACGCCAGUUCAGGUCAAAGAGGUGGUCGUGACAAGUCCUAUUGCGCCUACCUACCAGGACGAGCUUGAAGAGUUGUUCUUCAAAUUCACCUCGGACCACCGCAAAAUCCUCAAUGACAUCGUGCGUCAAAGUCCGAAAUUGAUGCAGGGCCAUUUCUCGAUCUUGAUCAAGAACAGCAAGGUCCUGGAUUUCGACAACAAGCGCAACUACUUCAACAAGCAGAUUCAUUCUCGACAUCAUGCACAGCGUCAUCCUCAGCCACCUCUUCAACUCAAUGUUCGUCGCGAGCAAGUUUUCAUCGACUCUUACAAAGCGCUCUAUUUCAAGUCCGCUGAUGAGAUGAAGUACGGCAAGCUCAACAUUCGGUUCAACGGCGAGGAAGGUGUCGACGCAGGCGGAGUCACGAGAGAGUGGUUCCAAGUCCUGGCGCGAGGAAUGUUCGAUCCCAAUUAUGCACUCUUCCAACCAGUAGCAUCAGACAAGACAACUUUCCAUCCCAGCCCGCUGAGUCGAGUCAAUCCAGAGCACUUGCUAUACUUCAAAUUCAUCGGUCGAAUCAUCGGCAAGGCGCUCCAUGAAGGCCGUGUCCUCGAUUGCCAUUUCAGCAGAGCUGUAUACAAGCGAAUCCUCGGUAAGAAGCCUAACCUGAAAGACCUAGAGAGCAACGACGUCGACUACUACAAGUCGCUCGUUUGGAUUUUAGAGAACGACAUUACAGAUAUUCUCACGGAAGAGUUCUGCGUGAUCGAAGAUGAAUUUGGUGAGGAGAAGGUGAUUGAUCUCAUUCCCAAUGGUCGAAACAUUGCUGUCACUGAGGAGAACAAGAAAGAGUAUGUGCAAGCUUUAGUCGAGUACCGCCUCACAGAAUCUGUCAAAGAGCAACUGGAUAGUUUCCUGGGUGGCUUUCACGACAUCAUCCCUGCAGAGCUCAUCGCCGUCUUUAAUGAGCAAGAAUUAGAACUGCUCAUCUCCGGUCUGCCAGAGGUUGAUGUCGACGACUGGAAAGCAAACACCGAGUACCACAAUUACAGCCCUAGCAGUCAGCAGAUUGUCUGGUUCUGGCGAAUCGUCAAAGCCAUGAGUAAUGAAGAACGAGCGAAACUCCUUCAGUUCAUCACUGGCACAAGCAAGGUUCCUCUCAACGGCUUCAAGGAACUUGAGGGUGUUUCUGGAUUGACAAAGUGUAACAUUCACAAGGAUCCUUCUACCAACCGUCUACCAACUAGCCAUACUUGCUUCAAUCAGCUUGAUCUGCCUGCUUAUGAAAGUUUCGAAGUCAUGAAGCACAAUAUCUCGACGGCAAUCAGCCUUGGUGCAGAUUACUUCGGUUUCGCAUAA